UAUAUAAUGACACCCAUAAACUUCGUCACAUUUCUUGUCUCUCUCUACCUGGUAGAUUAUCACUUCCACAGAAAACGGGAACAUGCGCACAACGACGGAGCGCAUAGCAGUCUGCCCACCUGGUUGCAACAAGUCAUCUUUCGCCCGCAGCCGUACUCCUGGGUAGGCGGCAAGACGGAGGCGCCUCCGAAUCAACAGGAUAGAAACUGGUAUUAUCACACAAAACAAAAGAAGCUCAUGAAAAUGGAAGCAGCUGCAGCAUUUGAAAUUAGGCGGAGUGUGCUAAGUUGUUCUUGAGGCAUUACUCAGAAUUGUUUCUGGUCUCCAGAAUUCUGUCUUGUCUGUGUACUGCGCCAUUGAUAAACCCAAUACACGGUCGAGUGCGAUUCAUGGGACUAUUCUCGUUGCACUAAAAGCUCUACGUUAUUGUGAAUGAAGUCAUUGCUGAUCUCGCUCCACCGAGGCUGGCCAGACUGCAGUGGGUGAUCCCUGUGAGAUUUGUAAACGGAC